AUGUCUUCAUGUUCGGAUGAGUUUGUUGAUGCCCAGGACUUCUCUCCAGGUUCACCGCCAGAAUCCUCUUCGGAUUUUAAAGAGGCUGUAAGCUUUGACAGGUUUUCGGAAAAUAAUGGAGUCCAAGAAAAAUCACUUGAAGAUAGAAGACUAGAAGAGGAAUCACUAACCGUUCAGGAAAUUGAGGAACGAAGGGAUAUUGCAGUUGCCACAAAAGACAAGGGAAAUGCUCUUUUUAAGUCUGACUCUUUUAAUGAGGCUUUAAUGAAAUACACGGAAGCUCUUGACCUUUGCCCGUUGAAGUGUGCCGUUGAACGCUCUGUGAUUUAUGCCAAUAGAGCUGCAUGUCAUAUAAAAUUGGUUAGUCGUCUACAUUUCUAUGAGGGCUCUCAUUUCGCUCUUGCAUUAUCGAAAUUGAUCGUUGUAUAUUUAUCCUAAAUUUUGCAUCUUGAUUACUACAGCAUGACUAUAAUUUGUCUUAUCCUUUUUGUAAAGAAAUUUACUAUAUAUGUAUCUUUUAUGCUCAUUGUAAGCAUUCAGCCACAUUUAUUUCAUACAAAUUUGUAGUAGUUUGCACUAAGUCGCUCAUAUUAACAUGGUAAACUGGGAUCCUUUUCACUUCAUUCAAAUGUGCGAAUAUGCUCUUUGCUUUACUGAAUACCCCAUGCAUUAAAUGUAAGUCCAUAUAAUCAGCUUUAAGCCACUGCUCAUUCUCUUAAAUCAAAUUAGUUGCUACAGUCUGGAGCUAAAAGUUCGAGAAGUUCCGGCCUUAUCAGUGUAACCAUUUUGUAUGGAUGCCUCUAAGCAACAAAUUUCAGCCUGUUUAGUCAGGAAAUAACAGUUGCAGGUAAAUAACUUGUACGUGAGGAAUUAUGUUAAUAUAUAUCUAACAUAGUCAACCGACCUUGCUAGGUCAUAAAUAAGUGUUCCGUUUUCGGAUCAAGGAAUGCACGACAUUAGUUCAUCGAUGUGAUAGCAUAUCAUUUUUUCUCUUGAACCCAUACUUUUUUUCUAAGCAUUCGCAUAUUAAAAAUUGUCUUAUUUGAGUGAUUAUACGAUAAUAAAUCCACGUAAACUGUUAAAAGAAAACAAUUUCGUGGUUGCAUACAAAUCAGGAAAGAUACUCGUAUGCUCCAGUCAUGCUCGUAGGUGGUUUUUUCUGAUGGAAACGUUCGUUGAUUGUAGGGAUCCAGGCUGACGCCUUUCAUCUUGUGCUCUCCCGAAUCAUCCUUUACAUAGAUUCCUGUUUUGUGCUCCAAAAACCAGCCGCAGAUAAACACAAAACUACCUACUUAUUCCACAAUCGGGUUAUAGGGUUGUUCACAGUAACUCAAAAUUUUGUAGUAACAUAAAAUGAUACUCGGAUCAAGACAACAUAUCGACCUAAUUGCAUUGCUCAUGCUAUCCUCAAACAUGUACUGUAUAUGCCAGUAUUCGUCAAGAUUAGAACAAAUAUUUGGGUACCAAUUGAGCGCCGAGUAAAUGGAAGUCAUAAUAGGUGAAAAUUAUAAUUAAAACAAUCUCUGCGAUUGAAAUUUAAAUAAUUCCAACGUUUCGUCCAGCCAACCUGUCUGGACUUCUUCAGGGUAAUAAUCAAAGUCAUCAAAGAAAUAUAUAGCUUUUAACAAUCAUAACUAUACUGUGUUACACCAAUCAAAUUUGGAUGUUGAUUUUUGUAAAAUAGGAUAAAAUGAGUCAGUUAACUACAAUUCAUGUGAAAAAUUAACCACACGGAAAUAAUUAACUGAAUAACAAAUUGUAUGUGUGAGAUUAAUUAUUGAUGUUCUGUGUUGAUAUGUUAUAUAUGAAGGAACAAGUAAAUAAAUAAAAUUGCAAGUUCAAGGUUGAUAAAAUUGUUAAUGAAUCAUCGUUGUACAUGUCAAACAAAUACCUAAAUUGCGUUGCUAAAAACUCAUUGAAAUCAGUCAAAAAUAACGAUGCAUUUGAAAUAGACAGGUUGAAUAAAGAUAGGGUUCAAAUUACUUGUCACAACGAAAUUCGCCAGGUAGUCGCCAGUUGAAUACCAUCUUUUCGGUUCAGGUUGUUCUUGUUCGCCCAUAUGUACAGUGCUUCUGCUGCCAAUCUUUCUUUAUGGGUGUUAAAACCUUUCUGAAGUAUUUUGGUCCCUUCAAAAUUAAUCUUGUGUCCUGUUUCUAAUGCAUGUAACGCUAUCGCAGACUUAUUCUCAAGUUUCUUCAAAUCAAACGAGGAUUUGGGGACAUUUUUCAAACAUUGUUUGUGUUCCUUCAAUCUUACAUUCAAUUGCCUGGAUGUUUCUCCAACAUAGGCUGCAUUACAAUCAUGACAGUUGAUCUCAUACAUAAUAUUCUGUUGUUCUUCCUUUGCUAACUUGUCCUUAACUUUCACCAAUGUCGAUCUUAAUGUGUUAUUUGCUCUAAAAUACACUCUUAUAUCAUGUUUGUUUAGAAUCCGUUUGAUUUCUUCUGGUGUUUCACUACGGUAUGGUAUGACUACGGUGUACUUCGAAACUUUUCGCAUACAUUCUAGUUUAGUUUUUCUUUCACUUUUAAUAAUCUUCUUUCAAAACUCUUUUGGGUAGUUGUUAUCCCUAAGAGUAGAAAAUACUUUAUUUAAUUCAGUUCGUUGGUCUUCCUUAUCUGUAACAAUCUUAGUACUUCUGUUCAUUACAUUUUUUACAACAUUAAUUUUCGUGCACUGUGCAUGAGCUGAAUCAAAAUCUACGUAUCUCUCGGAAUGUGUUGAUUUCCUGUAAACAUUUAUUUUCAACUUAUUAUUAUUGUGCCUACGUUCAACUAAACAAUCUAGAAAUGCUAGUUUGUGGUCAACUGAUUCUAGUUCCUUCGUUAGCUUAAUGCUUUCUGAAAUGCUGUUUACAUUGUUAAAUAGUUCUUCUAAACCAUCCCGUUUAUUGAUAAUAAAAAUAUCGUCUACAUACCGUAACCAUAACUUUGGUGGAUAUACACUUCUAGCGAUUGCACUAGUUUCUAGGGAAUGCAUGAAUAAAUUCGCUACAAUCGGAGAAACUGGUGAGCCCAUUGCUAUACCCUUUUUCUGUCUAUACAGGUGACCUCGAAAUAUGAACAAGGUAGAUCUUAAACAUAAUUCUAAGCAUUUGAUAACCUCCGGUGGAUCUAAUGGGCAACGUAAAUUCAAAUCUAAAUCAGAUUCUAAACAAUCAUUGAUAAUAUCCAAAGCUCGAUUGAUAGGUACAUUAGUGAAUAAGGAAGAUACAUCAGAACUUGCCAUUAUUUCAUCCUCUUCUAUAUCGAUGGUAUCAGUCAAGUUCUUGAAUUCCGUAGUUUUUAAUUCCAUGAUUAAUCAGUUUUUCACAUGUUUUGAGUAUCUUAGCUAGAUAUUUAGCUAGAUUGUAAGUCGGUGAAUUUGUAAAGUCUACCACUGGUCUUAGUGGAGUAUUACUCUUGUGGAUCUUUGGGAGUCCAUAAAAUCUGCAUGGAUUACAACUCUUUGGAUAUAACAUAAACCAUAAGGACGAUCCUAGCUUAGCCUUUAAUGACUGUAAGAGUUUGCUGGUUUCCGCCUUGAGUUUAUUAAGAGUUGUUCUACUUUUUGCUUCUUUAAUUUGUUCAUAUGGACCCUCUUGUAGAUGUCCCUUGGCUUUUUUCUCAUACUCUAGAUUAGCUAAGCUUCUUUCUUUAAAAAGUAGGAUUCUCCCGAAGCAGCGAUCUUGGACUGUAAUGAAUCUUUGAACUUACAACCAGAUUACGCCAAAUGUUUGGAGCGACGUGCCACUUUGUUGGAAAGCAAGGACAGACUGUCAGAUGCACUUGAAGAUUAUAAAAAAAUUUUACAGUUAGACCCGAGUAAUCAAAAAGCUCGUCAUGCAUGUGCUACCCUUCCGGAGCGUAUCCAUAUUCAAAAUGAAAAAAUGAAGGAGGAAAUGUUUGGUCAAUUAAAGCAGUUAGGUAAUCUGAUUUUAAAACCUUUUGGUCUAUCAACUGACAAUUUCAAAGUACAAAAGAAUCCUGAAUCAGAAGGCUAUUCCAUAAAUUUUGUUCAAAAUACUGCACCCUCACCUUAGUGAACACUUGUAAAAAAGUGAUUCCAUGGCUUUGUUUGUUUUCAAUCGGUAUAUUUUCCCUUUUCACGAGAUUUCAAUACAACAAAUGUUGUGACAUUUUGUUUCUGUAUUAUUUGUUCUUUUUUCUUUUUUUAACUCCAUUUGUGAGGUGACUUAAGCGAAGUCACUCUACGUAUGAAUUUUUUGGCAAUUAAAGAGAUUCAAAAAAUUCAUAUAUGCUUACCAUUUAUGUGUCCACUUUAUACUUAAAUUGUGAUUCUUUAUUAAUUAAA